CACAACCUGCCAAGCGAACUGAAUUCUUUGCUUUUCUUUCCAUCCACCAUGGCAAUGUUUGCAUCGAUGGUUACCUGUAGUACAUGCAGUAAUGUCUCAAAGUAUGCUGGUGAAAGCAGACAUCUUCUUGCGAAUUGCCCAGGUACCCCAAAGCCCUUGCGAAUGAGUGCACCCACAGAUUUAAGAAUAAGGACACCUGGUUCAAGCAGAAAAGCAAACCUUUCUUACAGUGAAGAGAAGCUGAGCUCAAAAGGCAGAAGUCCUGUUUUAACACCAAGAUCCUGUGCAUCUGCGCAGUCAUCUCCAGCCACCUCUGUGAAGUCUUCAAAAAAGGGGAAAUUUCAUUUUUCAAAGUUAAAAAUGCUCCUUAGUCAGGAAGAGAGAGAGCCAAGUAAAAAGGGAGAUUUGCAAAACUUUUUGUCAUCUCUUGCAUGAAGCUUUUCAUAAAGCAUUAUACAAUAAGUAAUCUGUUCUUCUGUCAAAAAGCAGUCUGUCUUUUUACAACUGUCAGAAAAUAGUUAUUAAAUAAGUUGUACCUUAUUAUCAUUUUUUACAACAGUGCAACUUUUAAAGAUUCUUGCAAUAGUAAUUUGAGUACUUUGCAUUUAGAUAUUUAUUAAAUCAAUUGAUUAAUUUAUAUCUCUGUUGUGUUGUGCCAUAUAAAGUA